GUGAAAAAGCUCUUCAGGAAUUAGGACUUUAGGGUGCCCAACAAAUCCCCGCGAGUUCGGAUUUUCUCUCUUCUCAAUUGGAAACAUCCUUGUGCGUUCCCCUUUUUGGGACCUUCUUGUUCUUCUUCCAUGCCGUCCAACAAUUCGUAUCGGGCUACAACAACAAUGAAUCAGUGAACAGAGUGUUUGGGUUCCAUUGUUUAGUGAAAGGAUGAUGGUUGAAGGCGAGCAUCGUCACUUGAGCUUGCUCCUUACAAUCCUUUUCAUACCGAUAUUACUCCGAGUCGCAUCGCCCAACUCGGUGUCUGCUGUUUGUGACUUCAGUUUCACCGACGGUCAAAAGCUCUACAACUAUAGUUUGGCUUCUCCUAUCCCUAAUUUCCCUCACGGGGUCCUCAGCGAAGACGGAUUCUAUAAGGUGGCAGUGAACGACACUGUGCUCUGGUUUCAGCUCUGCAAUGGAAUGAUUUUCAGUCAUGAUCUACCAAGCUGCGUGGACUGCUCGGACUGUGGGGGUCCUUCACAUUGUGGCAUGGAAUGUAGUGCCCUGGUGUCAAAUGACAUAGGAGGUUACCCUGUUUGCACAACUGUUGGACAUGCCUCAAGUGUGGUCAUUGACAUCAUCGAUAAACAGAAUCCUGACAGGGGUGUCACUGUGACAAUGUCAAGUUAUAGGCUAAAGCAUAAUUGCUCACUCUCUGUCUCGGUUAUUUGUGAUUCAAAUGGAGUUCAAGGGCCGCUUUCAUUUGAUAAAUUAGGGACCUGCGGUUAUACUACAAGUCUACGGCAUCCUGCUGGUUGUGCCACCGUUGUAUCUGUUCAUGGGAAAGGUUGGGGUUGGUUUGGUACCUUAAUGAUCAUUAUUUUAUGCCUAUUUGGAGCUUAUCUAUUGGCUGGUAUGGUGUAUCGAUUCUUCGCACUUGGAGUUCGUGGUAUAGAUGUGCUCCCAAACUUGGAGUUUUGGGCCAGAAUACCAUGGGGAAUACAGGGUUUCUUUGCAUCGUUGGUGCGAAAAUUCAGAGGUCCUUCCCAUGGUUACAGGAGCUCGUAUUCUCCCGUUAAUUUCUGAGCAACAACUGCAUCUAAUUUGUUAUUAGCUAGAAAAUUAAUUGAAGCAUCUGGUCGUGCUCGAGGCUCUGUGCAAACAAGUUCAAAUGGCUCCAGACUCGGACGUAACCUCCAGAAAAUCUCUCAAUAUACCGGUGCUUCCCUUCCCUUUUCUUUUUUACAACUAUUUGUUUAUGAUAUUCAAUCCAACCUAGUCUCUAUUUUUCAGCAAAGGGUAGACAAUAUUAUCAUUUCAUUUGUAAUAGACAUUGUAGCUAGUUUAUUUACUACAUUGUCUUCCAACUUCCAAGAAAAACUUGCAUGUUCCUGCUUGUGGGUUGGAUUCCUCU